AUUGACAUUUUCCCUUAACAUAAAAUUUGACUAUCGUUCCACUCUGAACCCAUUUCCGUGGGUGUGAAGCGUCGUGCCUUCUGAGUUCUGACAUUUAGAAGUCCACAUCCUCCUCGUUACUAGCAGGUAGUCUUUACUUACCACGCCUGUGCUUUUACUGCACAAGUAUUAAUAAAUAGGUAAUGGCUUAGUUGGGGCGGACCUACUUACACAGUCAUGGCGCACGAGGACGCUGGUCGCCCUCUCCAAAGCGCUGGAACAGACGCAAGCCGCUCAAACCAAAGCCGCGGUGGUCCAAGCCGGGAGCGGCGAGCCACGGUUACCUCCAGAAAUGGCGAUGGAACCGACUUUCCACGCUAUUUUCUCCAGCUGGGGAACGACAUCAAGCGAAGUCGGGCGUACGAGAUGAUUCAAGAGUUACAGCUCAUGGUGUGCAACAAGGACACUGGUGUUCGUGGGAAUAAGGGCCGCGCCCGUGCAAUGGUGCUGCUAAAGGAGGUCCAGGCUGUCCUGACGGGGCUUGAAAACAAGCUGGACGCGCAGACGUUCGAUCUGGGCGUGUUUAACGUGGAGCGAUCCGAACUUCGAAAGGAGCUGCGCGACGAGAAGGCCAAGGAGGUGCAGCCGCUGCACACCGUGGACUUCCGCAGCACGGAGGUCCGGGAGCUGCCGCACAAGCUGCGGAUCCUGUUCGAGGACAACCAGGUGCUGCGUGAGCAGGUUCGGGCGCUGCAGUACGCGGUUCGCAGCGCUGAGAGCCGGCUGGAGAGCUCAGAGCGCAAGGUGACGGCGCUGGAGCUGGAGAAUGCAACCCUCAGCGUGGCGCUGCGGGAGGCCGGCAGCAGUCCCGACAUGGCCCAGGAGAUGCGGCAGCUGCGGGAGGUGGCUCGCACCGCCCAGGUGCGCUGCCAGCAGCUGGAGGCGCAGGUGGUGUCGCUGCUGGAUCAGCUGGAGACGGACCGCCGCAUCGCUUCGCAGCAGGCGCGCAGCGCAGCGGCCAGACAGGCGCUGCUGGAGGCACGGCUGAACUCCGCGCUAGGGCUGGCUGCGGCCUCGCGCGUGGGCGGAGGCGCCGGCCCGCGGAAGUCAAGCGGACGUGCCGCCAGUGCUGGAGACCCCGCAGCUAGCGCUGCGGCGGCGGAAGCCGCCGCAGCGGCCGCUGCCGCGGCCGCCGCCGCAGGCGGCGGCGGCGGCGGCUCCCCCGCCGCCGGUUUUAUCGGUGCUAUGGGCGGGAGUACGACACCUGAGGCGGCUUGGCCGCCGUACGUGGGCAGCGGGUCCCAGCAGGACGGCGGCGAUGGGCGGUCGUCGGGGUACUUCCGGCCGUACUCUAACCCUGGGGGGCAGAGUGCCGGCGGCAGCGGCAGUGUGGGCGGCGUCAGCGGUGGCGCGGGUGGGGGCCAGGGCGGCGCGCGGGGCCGCGACCGCUCCGCCAGCCCCCCCAAGAGCCCCAACGGGCGCUCCAUUAGCCACAGUCCUGGCAGCGGGAUACCCACGCUCUACCCCCUCUUCAACACCAAGCCCCGACCCAUACAUGCGUUUACGGUGGAAUCCGGAUCCUGGCACUCCGGCUCAGCCAACCCCGGUUCGCCGUCAGGCGCCUCCGCUGCCGCCGUCGGCGGCGGCGGCGGCUCCGCCCCCGGCUUCCCGCCGCCGUACCCGCCGCCCCCGUCAGCAGUCCUCAACCGCAACUUCAGUGCAUCGGCGCUGUUAGAACGCAGCGGUGCAGGUCCCGCCAGCCGGCCGCAAAGCGGGGGUCCGGGGUUAGGGAUGGGGCUGGGUCCGGGUCAGGGGCAAGGGCAGCAGCACUCCGGGCUGGAGGUGUUGCAGGGAGGCAGAUCGCAGACGUCCAUGUCCGGAGGCAUGGCCGUAUCCGCCCCCGGGGAGCCGGUGCGUGCAAUCAACUCGACUGCAGUGCUGACGUCACGCACGCUGCUGCCGAGCGUGAAUAGCGGCAACGGCGGCGGCGGCGGCGGAGCAGGAGGGGUGAUGGCGGCAGCAGCAGCAGUGUCCGCAGCAGCGUCAGCCGGUUCGGUGCCGCCACGGCCGUCGGGCGGGGUUACCGGCGGCGGCGGAGGCGCAGGGAUACUAGGGUUGCGAGUGUUCCUGGGUUCCGGCGGAUCUGGAACAGGUGGCGGCGGCGGCGGUGGUGGAAGCGGUAUGGAGCUGCAGCGGAGGAGUAGCGGCUUCAGUGGCGGCGUCAGCGCGGCCGCUGGCGGCGGCGGCGGCGGCAUGCAGAUGAUUAAUUCGGAGCCGCUGCCGCUACGAGAGGCUUCCACCUCUGCUGCUGCGGCUGCUACAGCAGCUGCCGCUGCCGCUGCGGCUGCCAACGGAGGCCGCCGACCGUCAACAAGUGCUGCAGCUAGCGUUCUUGAGGACUGCUUGGUGGGUGUGAGUGGGGAGUUCCGGGGUACUGGGGGCGGCGGGGGUGGAGGAGCAGGAGGAGGAGGAGGAGCUGGGGAGUUGAGGUCUCGACCGGGCUCACCUUCGGAAGGCCCGGGGCCUGCGGGAGUCGCAUUGCGGUCGAUGGCAUCUGCAGGUGGCCUCCCGGCUUGAAACAAGCGAGGGUUCUUUCGGGCUUGUUGCUGCGGGUUUGGACGCUGCAUGCCAGUCUGCCGUACAUGCCGGGCUGGUGUCGUCCUAGCUUUCGGUGUGACUUUUGGGAAGCUGGCUUUGCGGCCAUUUUCAUGGAGUCCCCGGUUCGAGUGGGUUUGCAAGGCAAUCUAGUCAAUUUACGGCUUGCUACCGUUGUUAGCGAAGGCCUUUUGAGGGAAAAUGGACGCCUGUUGAGUGUGCAAGCGGGAGUGCCAACAGCGGGACUCCUUGGAAGCAGCAGCGGAGGGGGCGCGGUUGGGCGGGUUCAGCUCGGUGGUUGUGGCGGCAGGUGCUGGUGCGCUGACACAACAACACACGCUGGUGGGUGCUGGGGAAGCCACACGGGCUGCGACUGUUAUGUACGAUACCCGCUGAACCGGUAGGUGUGUAUCUGCGUGCGCUGGGAGCGUGCACGUGCACGUGCAGGUAGCAAUGACGCAGAUGGACGAGUUUAAUGUGUUGCGCUGCUGUUGGGAUGGCCGUGCUUGCGAGUGCGAAUCGUACAGCCGCCGUCGCCGCCAGCAGCAGCAGCAGCAGCACCACGACAGGAUUGAACCUCUAGGCACGAUUUGAUGGAUGCAUAGCUUGGGGCGCGAGGGGCAGGCAGCCUUGUCCCGGAUGGUCCCGCCGAGUAGGUGUGUGUUCUCUGUUUUGAUGCAUGCACAAUACCUUAACACUGUACGGGUAGCAGUUCUUGGUAUAUGCCAUUUGCAUGUGUGCGCGUAAUCGGUUGCUGGUGCAGUUGUGAUGUUGCACUCACGCAACGGCUCGUGCGUGUUUCUUUCUUUUGACGCUUCCUGAAUGGACGGAAUCUUUGAUCCGGCCCGGCCCGGACAAACAUAUGAACUACCGCGGGGCCAUGCUCCUGACAGAUGCCACCGCCGCUAACGUUGCUUGGGUGUGAAUGCUACCGGUACUUUACCUUCCAGCUUUUCGUGUUAAGACGUUUGACCAUCGACCGUUUAGGCUGCUGGUUAUCUCGGCUGACUCCCAUGGUCUGUUCAGACUUUUUCGGACUAAUGAGCCACAUGGCUGCAUGGAGGCGUCUUUAGCACCGUGCUCAAGCACCAAGAACUGUAUCUCCACCGACGCAUUGCCUGCUUACCACAUGUACCUGCUGCUGUCGUCAAGUGGAUGAGGUUGGGUAUAGGGUGGUUUUGGAUCGGAGCAGGGUGGGUGAGGGGGGCACAAGAACUUGUAAAAGUUUGAGAGGAC